AUGUCCGAACAAGAAAGGUUAGAAGAAUUUAAGAAGGCAAAUAAGUUGGUGUUUGAUCCAAAUACCAGACAAGUGUGGGAGAGCCAAGAAAAACAAGAAGAGGAUAUGAAAAUGAAGGAAGAACCAAUUGAGGAGGAAGGUUCAUCAACAUCUGGUAUAGUACCUACCUUACAAAAUAUUGUUGCUACUGUAAAUUUGGGAUGUCGAUUAGAUUUGAAGACAGUGGCGUUACAUGCACGUAAUGCAGAAUAUAACCCAAAACGUUUUGCUGCCGUGAUUAUGCGUAUUAGAGAACCAAAGACUACGGCGUUAAUUUUUGCAUCAGGUAAGAUGGUCGUUACUGGUGCUAAGAGUGAAGACGAUUCCAAAUUAGCAAGUAGAAAAUAUGCGAGAAUUAUACAGAAAAUUGGGUUUGCUGCCAAAUUUACAGAUUUCAAGAUACAAAAUAUUGUUGGAUCAUGUGACGUUAAAUUUCCAAUAAGAUUAGAAGGUUUAGCUUUCAGUCACGGUACUUUCUCAUCGUAUGAACCUGAAUUAUUUCCCGGUUUAAUUUAUAGAAUGGUUAAGCCUAAGAUUGUUCUUUUAAUUUUCGUUUCAGGCAAGAUCGUCUUAACUGGUGCAAAGCAAAGAGAAGAAAUCUAUCAAGCUUUUGAAGCCAUAUAUCCUGUGCUGAGUGAAUUUAGAAAAAUGUAA